AUGGCGACUGUGCAAAUGACUCGGUCGGCUCGUCUGAGCGACGACGCCGCCACUGCUGCCCUCCUUGCGGCCAACCCGCGACGCAAGGCGUCAGUUCGUGAGAAUAAAGAGCCUAAUCACUUAUCGGGUGGUGCCUCAACUUUGAGCGCUGCAUCAGCGGGAGCCGCGCUUGCCCAUGCGAAUCGCAAAUCAGUGGAUGCAUGGCGGCCAGGUCGCCAGGUUGCUGCAGAGAAGGCCGCCUUGCAUGUGAAAGACCUAACACCACCCGAAUCCCCUCAACCGAAUUCCCAGUACAGCGCCGUCGGACUGGGCGCCGCAAUUCUCGCCGUUCGCGAACAACGAAACUCGACUUUUUCACCAACCCAAGAGGCUCAGCAGCAGGAUCAUGCUCGUCAGCUUCAGAAUAAGGCGCGCCAGGCUGCCACGGGAGCGUACACUACUGGGCGCAGGCGAGCGGAUUCCGCCCCCAGUGAGCAGGUCUUGGCCUCUGGAACGCCGUAUGCACUUCGUGCUGCAGGAGCGUCACACAGACUAAAAACAGAUCCAGAGGAGGAGAAUCCUCUGGAUCAUUUAGAUUCUGCAAUGGAAGCAAGUCGUAUUCGACAUGUCGCAAAUACCAACGCAAAACUCUAUACCUCUUCCCCUCCUAUCGCUAGUGAAAUCGAGGAACGAAACCGACAAAACUCCCUGCGCGCUGCAGCUAUCUCCAUGGCGAAGGAUAUGUAUGAAGUGAAAGCGCCUAAAAGUAAUGCAAGUAGUUCGGAUUCCGCGAUACAUGCUGCUCAGAGGGGUACGGAUCGGUUGCAAUACCGGAAAUCAAUCAGUGCGACCGAGGGUCCCACGGCUCGUCGUGUGAUGACCCUGCAAGAAGCUGCCCAGAAGAGAGCUGCUGAAAAAUUGGCGACAAUGCAGGAUGAUCACACCGAGCUUCAAAAUUACUAUGGUACUCGAUCGCAGCCUGCCAAGUCUUUGCUUACGACUCGUCGCAGGAGAACUUCCAGCGAUGCGGAUGUUACGCAAGUGGAUGCUGAGCAGUCAAAACGUAUUCGCAAUCAAAUGUCAAGUCUGCGAACAAAGUUGGAUCAGGUGGACGAGAAGAGAACUAAGGAUCGCGAGUUGCUGAUGGCGGCUGCUCAGCGUAAUGUCAAUGCGACUAUGAUAGGCAUGGACAUGAAGAUGUAUGCCGAUACAGGUCGGGCGCCGCCAUCCCUACAGAGAGAGUGGGAUGAGGCGGCUCAAGAACGUAUUCGCCGGGAAGCCGAAGCGGCAGAGGCGAGCGGCGCCCGUGGAAAUCGGAUAAAUAUUGGAAAGAAUCAGUAUAUGGACAUGGCUGAUGUUGAGGCCGUCGCUCGUUCUCGUCUCCAGCCAACAUUUGAUGAGAUGACUGAGAAUGCGGAGCAGCGGAGGGCUCAAGAGCUUGAGGCGCAACUUGAUGCUGAGGAGAAAGAAAGACAUGCUGCGCUGGAGAAAGAACGAGAGGCCAGUUUGACCCGUGUUGCAGAUACUCAGAAAGUGCCUAAAGAGAAGCGUCUCAGCAGGGGAAUGAGUUUGCUGUGGAGAACAAAGAGCAAGCUUACUCGCUCUGGAAGACCCUUAGCUAAGGAACCUGCUGCUGUCGUCGCUGCUGAUGCCGAGGGUGAGGCUGCCGAGGCUGCUAGGGAAGAGGGCGUCGAAGAGCCAGUCGUCCAGGAUCAGGCCGAACCCGAGGUUGCUGCUACGGGCGCCGUUGCUGCCUUGGACGAACAGGCUCAGGAGUCCAGGGAGGAGCUCAGGGAGGACCCCACGGAGGUCACAGAGCCCGUAGAGCAGCCCGCAGAGCAGUCCGCAGAGCAAUCCGCAGAGGAGCCUGCUCUAGUAACAGCUCCUGAAGCUCCCGAGGCAGCUGCCCCAGCCACUGUAGUCACUGCUGCACAUAUCGGAGCCCCAGUUUCAAUCACCGAGCCUACCGAGUAUGCUGGGCGACCUGGACUCCCCGGGCGCUCUAUGACCACACCGCGUGAUGCCGCAGCAGUUGGCGCUGGACCAGUACCGAUGCAUGACAUUCACCCAGUUACCAGUCCCCGAGCAGACUCAAAGCUGAAGACUUGGUUUCGGGAUCGACUGGUUCGCCGUUCAAGUGGGCCUGUGCGGGUAUACCCCCACCAGCCUGGUCCAGAAUACAAUCGCAGUGACAGCGUUGUCGGGUUUACCGGCGGUGCUGCAUUAACUGGGAGACGUGACUCUGAAUCUCGCAGCGCAGCGUUGAGUUCUCACCCUCUCUCCCAAGAUGAUUUGGACCAGGGUGAGCCUUCCCAUGAGGGUAAUUUGAAUGUGACAAAUACCAAAACUCCCAGCGAUGAUUCUGCUGUGAGCUUUGAGCCUGAAUACAAGGCUACUGAAAAGUCGAAGAAGAGGAGGAGUGGAUUCCGACAAUCUUUCUUGAAGAGAAUGUCGCGAACUGAGGAGCCCAAGACUAAUGGUGCUACUCAUAGCGAUGUUCAAAGCUCAGCGGCACCCGAGAUUAAGGUCCACGGUACUGAUUUUCGAGGCCUGAGAGAUAGCGCUGCUGAUCAGGGUCUUCCUGUGCCUCCUAUCCUUGGAGAGACUGCUAGUACUGGUCGGGAAUCCCGAUUCUCUGAAGAUCUGUCAUGA